AACCGGUAUAAGGAUGCUUGCUACCUUACGUCUGGCUCUUCUGUCACUUCCAGGAAAAGAAAACACAGGUUUUAUUACGGAAAAUUUUCAGUUUUAAAUGUAAAGGUAUUUCUGCGGUUUUAAAACGUAACAUUUUAAAACAUUAGAAGUAACGUCGAAUGCUAUAAGACGGCUUAAAUUGACGCCAGCGUACUGUACGUAGCGUUGAAAAAACCGCAUCGAUUUAAAGGGUUAGAAGCUGUUUACGUCCUCAGAAAACUCCUCCCUCGAUCACGUGACUGAACGAAAAGUGGGUGUUUCGAAUCACGCUAACCUUAUACGUGUCAAUAUUAAUGGUUACCUGAAGGAAUAACAUCGCGAUGGAGCCGGCAAUUGCCAAAAGUUAUUUUAAAACUCUCCAAAUUCCUCCACAGACACUCCUCGUACUGACGUAAACGUCACCCGUAACCAGUCAGAAGAGUCGAACAGGGAGACUUCUAAUUGGUUAAAUCAACAGGUAGGGAACGUGACUGCUCUUCACCUGUUGUCUGCUGUGGCACUUGACACUGUGUUAGAAGAAAGGGGCCAAGUGUAAGAUUAAGGAUUGAGGCUUCUGUCGUCCUUGAAUAACCAAGGUUGUCCCUACGCGCGUUAACGGUUGUACAGUACGUGAGAUCCAUUGAACAUGGAGUUCAUAACAUCAAUAAGACAGUCGUCGGUCAAAGAAAAACAAGGAUUAACGCCAUCAAACUUGAAGCACUUGGAAGACGUCUUCAAGCAGGUUGUCGGUGACCAUGAAGAGAUUUGCGUGGCACAAUUUAAAAGAAUCGUAAAAUCUAACAACAAAUUUUUCGUGGAAAGGAUCUUCAAAUUAUUCGAUACAGACAAAUCGGGAAGCAUAUCCUUGGAAGAGUUCAUGACGGCCAUGAGAUCCUUUGCAGAGUUGACAUCAGUCGAGAAACUCCAUUGGCUCUUCCAGAUCUACGAUAUCGAUGGCGAUGGACUUAUCCAAUUUUCUGAACUGAGGAGCGUCAUGAAGGCCUGCAUGGAAGAGAACGAAUUACACUUUUCUGAUGCCGGUCUGGACGAACUGACAAUGAUGCUGUUCGAAAGUGCUGACACAGAUCAUUCUGGUUCCAUAAAUUUCGAGAAAUUCCAAGCCCAGUUGAAGCGUCAUCCUGGAUUAUCAGAAAACUUGACCAUGAGCAUAGAAAGUUGGCUUCUGCCUAGAAAAUUAAACGAGAGAUCCGUAGAUGCCAAGAAAUUCAUCCCGAGGAAAUUAAAGUGGGAUUACAUCAAAAAUAAUGGAGUUAGCGUGGUGUUUUUCCUAUUGUUUGUCAUUGUGAACGUUGCUCUGUUUGCCAAAGCUGCUUACGACUAUAAGCACACAAAUGGUUUCGUCAUGGUUGCUAGAGGAUGCGGUCAAUGCCUGAAUUUCACCAGUGUUUUUAUCUUGGUCCUGAUGCUUCGAUACUCCAUCACGUGGCUCAGAUCGAAUGGCUUCUCCGAAUACCUACCCCUGGAUCAGCAUAUAUACUUCCACAAGCUCACGGGAUGUCUCAUCUUUGUAUACAGUGUGGUGCACACUAUCAUGCACAUAUGCAAUUUCGACACUCUGUCACGUCAAACAAAUUACACACUUACCGAAUUCCUGUUUGACACCAGUCCCAAUAUCGGCUGGGUGGGCGGAGGUGCAUCGAUUACGGGUUGGGUUCUUCUGGUUACUCUGAUAAUCAUGGUUGUUGCAGCGUUACCUUUUGUUAGAAGAAAUGGAAAUUUUGAGAUAUUCUACUAUACUCACCUUCUAUAUAUAGUUUACUGGGUUGUCUUGAUCUUUCAUGGACCGAACUUUUGGAAAUGGUUUGUUGGACCCGCUGCCUUAUUUUUACUCGAGCUUUCAGUAAAAUUAUACAGGAAAAUGAUAACUAACAGGAGGGCUUACAUUUAUAAAGGUGUUUUGCUUCCUUCAAAGGUUAUCCAAUUAAUCAUUAAAAGGCCACCGAAUUUUUACUACAAACCCGGUGAUUACGUGUUUAUAAACAUACCGCAAAUUGCCUUAUACGAGUGGCACCCGUUUACAAUCAGUAGCGCCCCAGAAAUUGAUGAUAUAAUAAGUAUACAUAUAAGAGUUGCUGGUGGUUGGACAAACGAAUUGUAUAAGUACUUUAAAGAGGAAGAAAAAUGGGCAGUACCCGUACACUCGACAACGGAAUCGACUUUCACAGAAGUCAGUUCUUCGCACGUCAAUCCUAGUUUCCAGAACGAUCCUGAUGAUAAUUUCGAAGAAAUUAAAUUGAAAGAAAAGACACAAAGAAGUCUGUCUGCAGAAAAGACAAUACAAAUCACUGAUUUAGACGAGAGCACUUCUAAAGAAGUCCUGAGAAGACAUCACAGUAUUCCCAAUACAUUCUGGAAGAGACAUUCGAGAAAUAACUCUAGGAACUCCAUAAGGAUCUCGACUGCUAGAAGAUCCUUCAGGCAAUGUGAAUCGAUUAUUAUAAUGCCGGUGGUUGAAGAAUUAGAUCCUAGCAGUGAAGCAGAAAAUGGAAGAGUUUCGAAGCCAGGAAAACGAGAAGAAAAUCUUACUGAUGAUAACGUUAUUGUCUCACAGUGCCCUUUAAAGAUUUCUAUAGAUGGUCCCUAUGGUUCUCCUUCAAACCACAUCUUUGAAGCGGAACAUGCAGUUUUGAUAGCGACAGGUAUCGGAGUCACACCCUUUGCAAGUAUUUUGCAGAGUAUUAUGCACAGACAUAGAAAUACAGUCCACGAAUGUCCGAAAUGUCAACAUUCCUUCCACGAUAAUACCUCAUUUACAGGAAUGCGCCUCAGAAAAGUGGAUUUCUUUUGGAUAAACCGCGAUCAGCGCUGUUUCGAAUGGUUUGUCACUUUGUUAAGCCAAUUGGAAAUUGACGAAGUUAAAACUCAGUGCAAAGGAGAGAGAUUCUUGGAUAUUCACAUGUACAUCACCUCGGCUCUCAGGAAAACUGACAUGAAAGCUGUUGGAUUACAGAUGGCACUCGAUCUCUUACAUUCCAAAGAGGAAAGAUGCUUGAUUACUGGCUUGAAAACCAGGACGCAACCGGGAAGACCCGACUGGAAUAAUGUUUUCCAUGAUAUUUUCGCAAGGAAGAAGGGCAAAGUAACAGUUUUCUUCUGUGGGCCCACUAUUUUGGGAAAGACGAUACAUCAGAAGUGCAACGAAUUCAAUUUCUGUUUCAGAAAGGAAGUCUUCUGAUGUGUUUUCUCGUACGUGUGUCUGAAUGUAUAUACGCAAUCUUGUACAGAAUGGUGCUUACAAAAAGCACAAAAGUCACGCAACGGUAAUUAAUAAACAUCAUCCCAAACAAACUCUUCUGAGAAACUUGAUGUACAGUACUGUACACAAGUUGCAUACUGUAGUGUAAGUUAUUUGUGAUGAGCGAAGUUUAAUUUUUUUUCUUUUUAGCCGUAAUGUAAUUAAAACUCUAUACGUAUUUAAUGCCAUUAUUGUUUAUUUCGCCAAAUUACUUUGAAAAUUAUUAGAAUUCGAGUAAGUAAGUGUGUGUGUGUGUUCCUGGUGGAUAAGUAUCUCUUGUCACCAUCAAAAUACGUAUUAUUAGAAUACAUAAUCAAAUUUCGCGUAUGAAAUCUGUGCGAAUAAUUCGCAAGACACUUGUUUAGAAUAUUGUAUAUUUUUAUUAGAACAAUUGUUAAUUUGUUCUCGUUUGCUAAGCAUCUAUUGUUGUCAUCUGUAUUUUUAGCGUUUGUCUUUCAGCGCGUUUUCUAUUGUAUCAAAGUACGUGUAAUUUGUUUACAUUAGAAUUUUUCUAAACUAGAAUAAAAGUAAUAAACACAUGUCUUUCCAAUUUUUU